CGGUCUCGGUCCGAGAUUCUGUCUGGGUGUAAGACAAGCCUGUCCAGUCGUCAAGCAACAAAUGAUUUGCGCACUGCGCCUCGCCCAAGGAGAGCCGUCUAUAAUAAAAGCUGCUAAUGUUUUCGACUUAAAAAAUCAUUCCAAUCCAUUCUCCUCUUCGCCAUGAUAAAUCUCGCCCGGUCUCGCCACUGCGUAGCGUCCCUCGCCGGCCCGACAUGGAGAGGGGGCCCCAGUUUCCUCCCCCAUGCAUUCUCAUGCAUGUCAUGCCCACACGCAGCAUCCCCCAUAUCUUGUGUCGGCCCGCGGAUUUAGCAUAAUGGUCCUCGCGGGGUUGCAAGGCCCGAAUAGACUCCACGGUGCAUCUACUUGUAUUGGUAUUCCUAUGGCAGCUGCCUCCUCUUCCUCCAUUCUCACGUCUCAUCAUCAUCUAAAAUCUAGACAGGAAGAAUGGGCUCCCUCGACCCUUUACCACAAUGGCACCACGAGCCAGUCUUCCACCUCAAAGCACCGAGAGGAUGGAUCAACGAUCCCUGCGCACCUGGCUAUGACCCGGCCACGGGGACAUACCAUCUAUUCUACCAAUGGAAUCCAAACUCUUGUGAAUGGGGAGAUAUCACAUGGGGCCACUUUACAAGCACAGAUGGCCUGCGCUGGCGGCAGAAUGGCAAGCGCCCUGCCAUUGAGCCCGACAUGCCCUAUGACGACAAGGGCAUCUUUACGGGGUGCUUUUGGCCGACGGGCCCGCGUGGUGAGAAGGAUCAAUUGACAGUUGUCUACACAUCCAUUGUCCAACUGCCCAUACACUGGUCUAUACCGUAUAGUCGAGACUGCGCGGGAUUGGCCAUAGCCACUUCACGCGAUGGCGGGCAAACGUGGCGGAAAAGUCCCCUCAAUCCGAUCCUCAAGGGCGAGCCAGAGGGUCUGACCGUCACUGGGUUCAGAGAUCCAUUCUUCGCAGAGUGGCCUGCGCUGGAUAGGAUGCGUGGAGAGCGAUGCCUCUAUGGUGUGGUCUCGGGUGGUAUUGUCGACCAAGGUCCCAAUGCGUUUGUGUACGCCGUUUCGCCGGACGAUCUCACCACGUGGUCAUACCUGGGACCCCUGAGCGAGGUAUUCGUUGGCGCGCAGAGGCCGAACAAGUGGACAGGCGAUCUUGGGGUGAACUGGGAGUGCGUCAACGUCGUCACGCUCGAUACGCAGGAUUUCCUCCUCAUGGGCACCGAAGGCGGCCAGAAGCGGGGCCAACCCUCGGAACACGAGGCGUAUGCCAUGUGGAUGGCGGGAUCCCUCGAGCAGACGGCGGAUGGCCCGCGGAUGCAGCAUGACUACAACGGCUUGCUGGACCAUGGUAGCUUCUAUGCUGCCAACUCCUAUCUCGACCCGACCACGGGCGAACGUGUCGUCUGGGGCUGGAUCAAGGAGGAGGAGCUCACGCUGGCGAGGAGGGAGGCCAAGGGCUGGACCGGCUGUCUUGCGCUGCCGAGAGAAGUCUUUCUGCUCAAGGUGCCAAAUGUGGUUGGCACGCUCAAGACACCUUUGGAUGAGAUUGAGUCCCUGCGAAUCACCCCCGAGGGUGUCGAGACGCUGGGGAUCCGGCCACUGAAGAGCCUUGCUUCGCUGCGCAGGACACAGCCCAAGACCAUAAGGAAUAUCCCAGGCGUAUUGGGCAGGACCCGUCUUCCCACGCCGUCUUCGGGUAGCUGGGAGCUGGAGGCCAUCGUGAACGUGCAUCAGCGUCAUCAGCGCGUCGGGUUCUACCUCAACCACGACGAGGACUACCACCACAGAACCAGCGUCUACUUCUCGCCGCAGGACGAAGAGAUUGUAGUCGAGAGGGAGGCGUCGAACAGCGAGGAUGAUAUUGUUCGGAACAACGUCAGCGGUGGAUUCACGCUCUUCGUGACGGAGAAGGACGGCGUUGCGUCCACCGAGAAGCUGCAUCUGCGCAUCUUCCGCGACGGCGACGUCCUCGAGAUCUUUGCCAACGACCGGUUCGCUCUGUCCACCAUGGUGUACGCCAACGAGUCCGACUGCACGAACCUGAGCUGCUUCGUCGAGGGGGGCGACGCCGACAUUGUCUUUGAGUCGAUAGCAAUAUGGGAGGAUCUGGACCGGGUACAAUUCUGAUGAUGAUGAUGA